AUGUCCAAGAAUGCGCUGGCAUUCUUUGUAAGAAACGUCAUUACAGACGCUCAUAACCGCCUGUCUGACGAAACAGUUACAACUGUGAGAGUAAAAGCUCAUGAAGUUUUCUUGCAAGAGUAUUUUGUGCUUUGUUUCUGUUACAGCUCACACAAGAAACAUAAGUCAAAGAAAAGGAAAGCUGGUGAUGAGGGUAGCAGCAGCAACAGCAGCAGCAGCAAAAAUAUAAGUGAAGACACAAUUGAUCAUGGAGGUUGGUGGCAUGCAACAUCAUUCCGUCAGAUUACUGGAUCAAUUGCAAUCCAACUUGGAGACAAACCAAUGUAUGUAAGAGCAUUAGACAAUGGACUUUUUACUGCUGGAGCACCUCAUGAUCAAGGCGAUGGACCAGCACCAGAAGAAGUUCUAACAGCAGUACCAGCUGGAGAUGACCGCAUUGCAUUCAAAUCUGGAUAUAACAAGUACAUUGGAGUUGAUGGGUCAGGUCGUGUUGUUGGACGAGCUGAUGCGAUUGGACCAAGAGAAAUGUGGCAACCAAUUUUCCAGGAUGGCAAGACAGGGCUGUUAGCAGUAAAUGACUGUUUUCUUGGCAUUGAUGAGGAUGACAAUGUCAUUGCCAAGAGUCCCACUGCAGGAAAUUAUGAGAUGGUUACUAUUCGCUCAAAUACUGUUAGGGAAUGUGAUAAGCCUAAGGAAAUACCUGAGGAAGAACGAGGGAAAUUAAAAGACGUAGAAGUGAAUUACGUGAAAAAAUUCCAGAAAUUUCAAGACAAACGUUUACGGAUUAAUGAAGAAGGCGUAGCUGUGUUAAAAGAAGCACGUUCAGAGGGUUAUUUACAUGAAGCUUUGCUUGACAGACGCUCAAAAAUGAAAGCUGAUAGAUACUGUAAAUAAACCUCAUUUUAGCUUUUAUGAAAAGGUUUUUAUAUGUAAUUUUUAUAAGUAUUAUUAUAAUAAUAACACUGGUUCUUAUAGAACGUAUCUUUGUAUACCUUCAUACCAGUUACAAUCUACCCUCAUUUCAGUAAAACAGAUUGCAGUUAGGUUCUUCGCUUUGCAUAAUUUUAGACAUAGCCAAUUUUAUAGGGCUGUAAUUAGUGCAUAUUGUUGUUAUAAUAAAGGAAUCAAUAAAA